CAAGUCUUCCAUGCUUCCGGCACAUGCAUAUUUCUUCCCACAAUCGAAAGGAUAUUUGUAUGCCCUUCUAGUCUCGCCCACCACCACUCCACAGUCCACACACAACCCCUCUCCUCCCGUAAAGAACCCCCGUCUCCCCCGCCCGGCCUCCCCAAUAAACCCUGAAAGCGCAAACCCGUAUUAAUUCUACUCCUGAAAUUGCUCAAUUCCCGAUAUGGGCAACUGCUGUGUAAGCUCCGGCGUCAAAUUGCCUCCACAUUCUCAAUCGGCGGCAAACUCCAACCGGAGAGCCUCCUCUCUCAGCCACCCGCUGCCGGAGGAGGAGACCGUCAAGGAGGUUCUCUCUGAAACUCAAAACCUCUCCAAGCCCACAUUCCGCAUCGACGACGGGCCCUGUAAACAUCCACCAGUCACCCAAGAUCAGGAGAAGCGCCAAGACGACGUCGUUCCCAAGAAUCCCGCCGCCGCCGCAGCGGAUUUGAAGUCCGGGGAUCUAUCCGAGGAUUUCUCCGCCUCUGAGAUCUGCAGCACUAUCAGCGAGAGCGUUCCCAUCAUCACGGUAACGGAAAAAUUGGAUCUUGGGGAUGAAGUCCGGCAGAGGUCCCCGGCGAAAGUGCGGAAUCGGCCAUUUCCUGAAGAGGCGAGAAGGGCGAGGUCGGCUGGUAGGUCGCCGUCGAGAAUAUCCCAACCGUCUCCGGCCAAAAUCAGAGCAGGAGUAGGGCGGGAUUCUCCCGGCCGUUCCCCGGCAAACGUGAAAAGGACUAACAACUAUGAAAGAGUUGGACGAAGGUCGGUUUCUCCUGCGACGAGGACGGAAGACGGUGGUCCAAGAACUGGUCCGGGCUGGACCCCAUCAAUGAGAAAAUCUGGGAAGUCACCGGGUCGGGUCAGAUCAGAUAUCAGUGACAAGACCCGAAUGUUGGGUAAAAGCUUUACCAGUAAAAACAAUAAGGCCGACAGUAAAGAAAAGAUGAAAACAACAGAUACUAAUGAAUUGCUGGAAAAUCCGCUGGUAUCUCUGGAAUGCUUCAUUUUCUUAUAAAUAAAGUUUGACAACUUGAACUUAUUUAAGCAUAAAAUGGGGCUUUUGGCCCUUUCUUUUGGGGUAAAGUUUAUACCCAAAAUGUAAUGUGUUUGUUACAGGGAAAGAUAAAAUGUAAUUAUGUAUAUUGUAGACUUCCCAAGUGUUAAUAAAAAAUGGCACACAAUUAUUAACUACAUAUUGUAAUGUGAUUGAUAUUGGGAAAGAUCAGUUCUCAGGUGGACAUGAAGUUAUUUAUUAGAAGUGUGUACCUAAUUAUUAC